GACCUCUCCCUCCAGACCUUUUUCUGCGCGCAGUGACAGCUAUCUGUCCAAUCAGCAUUGUGGAUGCUACAGAGCGCUUUGCUGUCUUGUUGCGGUCUGAGACGCGUCAACACUGGAAAGCCGCUCAGUCAGUCUGAGGUGUGAUAAUUACUCCGGGGCUUCACUGAUAGAGAGGAAGGAGCUGUCACUGAAAUGGAGGCCAACAAAUCGGAAGGCAGAGGUAAAGGAGACCAGGCAACACAGAGCCCAAGUGUACAGUUGGACAGACCAGAAAACCUCCACAACAUGCAGAGCCUGCUGCCCAAGGCCGUGAAGCGGCGAGUCCAUGCCCUGAAGAGGCUGCAGGUGCAGUGUGCUCAUAUAGAGGCCAAGUUCUAUGAGGAAGUGCACGAACUGGAGAGGAAGUAUGCUGCCCUCUACCAGCCCCUGUUUGACAAGAGGCGAGAUGUUGUGAAGGGAGCGGUGGAACCCACAGAGGAAGAGUGCGAGUGGCACAGCGAAAGAGAGGAAGAGGAGGAGCUAGCGGAGGAGCUGAAGAAGAAAGCUGCAGUCGAGGAGAAAAAGGAGGAAGCCACCCCAGAGGAAGACGCCAAGGGCAUCCCUGAGUUCUGGCUCACCAUCUUUAAGGGUGUUGACAUGCUCAGCGACCUGUUACAGGAGCACGAUGAGCCCAUCCUGAAGCAUUUGCAAGACAUCCAGGUGAAGUUCUCUGAGCCUGGCCAGCCCAUGAGCUUCACACUAGAGUUUUACUUCGAGCCCAACGGCUUCUUCAACAAUGCCGUUCUCACCAAGUUGUACAAGAUGAAGUCGGAACCGGACGCAACGGACCCCUUCUCCUUCGAGGGCCCAGAGAUCGUCGACUGUGAAGGGUGUCAGAUAGACUGGCACAAGGGCAAGGACGUGACUGUGAAGACCAUCAAGAAGAAGCAGAAGCACAAGGGCCGUGGUACAGUACGCACCGUCACCAAGCAGGUCCCUAACGACUCCUUCUUCAACUUCUUCAACCCCAUCAAAGUGUCACCAGAUGGAGAGAUGGACGAGGACUCAGAGUUCAACCUAGCUACAGACUUUGAGAUUGGACAUUUCUUCCGUGAGAGAAUAGUGCCCAGAGCUGUGCUCUACUUUACUGGAGAGGCCCUGGAGGACGAUGAGAGCUUUGAAGAGGAGGAGCUAGAAGAGGGGGAUGAAGAGGAACAGGAUGAUGACGGUGACGAUGAUGAAGAGGGAGACUUUGACCCCAAGGUCAGCAUAAUCAAUCAUUCUCACCCCCAUGCAUUUUGUAGAAAGAGGAGCCCCAGCCAACCGAGUGCAAACAGCAGUAACCGUGGUGACCAUGGGAGCUUGGCGGGGCCCAGCCGUCCGUCAAAUCACUACUCAUCCAAUCAGCACCUCACCCCCCCUGCAGGCUCCCUCCCCUUAUGAACUCUCACACAAAACGCAAUAUAACACAACCAAACAGUUGAGAGAGAUUGUUUUAAAAUAAUUUCAUGCAUGACCUUUUGUCGUCUAGCCCUGCCCCCUUGUUUAGGCUUCUCUCAUGCUCAAGAUGAGGUCACCUGGGCUGAAUUCACCAUGGCAACGCAGUCUGCUUUACAGUAGGCAACAACUGCCAAGAGCCUCAGAAUAUCCUGGGAAAUUCAAAAAAUAAUCGCAAGUGGUAUGGAUCCCAACAUUAGUUUUCAUGGAUAAAUCAGUUACUCAGGGUUUUUUAAUGCCAAGAUAAGUGUUAGUCUGCCAGGAAGCUGCUGAUCUAGCUUGACCUGAUAUCACUGGGGUUGCAAAUACGUUCUUUUUUUUUUUUUCUUUUUUUUCUUCCGUUAUGGUAUGUUUAAGAGACACAAUGUAUACUGAAUUUGAUGUCCUUUUUUAAAUGUUCAUUGUCAUGUCAUUGGACUAUUUAUUCUGGUCUCAUGCAGCUGUACAGGUGGUCCAUUGUGGGAAAUAAUUUUGUCCCGCCCACUCUGGUGAAGGCCCAUGCUCAUUGGCUGAGCAAACUCCGAUACUAUUAAGGCUUUGCAGAUUAACAAAAUGUGUGUACUGCCAAACUGUAUUUUUUUAAUAUAUGAACUGGUUUCAGGCACUCUCUUUUUCAGUUUGACUGCUUAGACUGUGCCCAGUUUUGUCUGGCUUAACAUGAACUAAUCACAAAUUAAACUAACUGCCUCCUCGGGCCACACUUUAGAGCAUUUAGGUCACAAGAAGGUGGAAUGGGACCCUGGUGAGCAGAUCUGCCAAUAUUUUAGCCACCCUCAACCAUCACCCUCAACCAUCAACCCUUUGGCUCCGCCCACUCCACACCAUCUUAGGUCUAACGUUCCUGGACAGGCACUGCAACAGCCAAUCAGUGACCAAAGUGAAAGUGGCUUACUCAUUGCGUACACCUGGCUUGUCCAACCAGAUCUCUAGAGGUGUAUAAAGGGUGGGGCUUACAAGUUAUCCCAGGACAGGUCCUGCCCAUCCCCAUAAUCAGCCAAUCAGAUCGGUUGAAUUUGGCUCCAUUUCAAACCUCUUACGUUAACCCAUUAUUCAACAUUCACAAUGAAUCACCACCUCAGGCCAAAGCUCUGGGAACAGGAAUGCUCUUCCUUCUCUGAUCAACAGAAAGCAUGUUGCUGAACAAGGCUGUAGCCAAUCAUAUCAAAGCAGGGGUUUUCCCCAGGAAGGGAGCGUAACUUUCUAUAGACCUUUCUGUUCAUUAACAACUUGUCAGUGUUGUAGAGUAAGGAGAGGGUUGGAAACCACAGCUGUGUGGCAGCUUGUCAGCACAUCCAACAGGGCCCCAAAUAUCCUAAUUACUAUUACUGAUUGUUUUACUGGCCCUCUCUUUUAACAAACUAAUAACUAAAGGAAAGGGGGGGGGGGGGUAAUGUUACGAAUUUCUGAAUUUAUAUAUCCAUCCACAGAAUGUGUCUCCGAUAUCAAAGCUUGUGGUAACAAUUUUCCUCUUAUGUACUGUCUGGUGUCACCAACUUGUGUGCUGGUCGGUACGGUGGUCCUCAUCUGUCCACAGGUGGUCAAGGAUACCCCCCCACCUCUUAUUUUUAAAGAAAGUUGUAGGUCUCGUUGGACAGAUCUCUCCAAGCCACGGUCAUGACUCCUUCAUGCCCCCAUAUUGAACCGUGUGCUAGCAAUGGCCUUACCAGGUUCUUCAUGAUUUGUUACUUGCGCAAUAUUCUUUUCAAUUUGUACAGAAUUAGUUAAGAUAUUCUAUUAAAGUUGUGCGACAUAAAACUU